AUGUUCAAGGACAUCUUAAUAAUUAUUCCAUUAAUAACUGUGUAUUCUGUAUGUGGUUCAAAAGUAGUAUGGGAUCCAUUUGGACUGAGUAAUUUGAAAGGAGUUGUGGAAGGGUUACAAACAACAGUUGAUAAAUCCUUAAAACCAUUAGUCGACGGUAAUAUGGCACAAUUAUCUGAUUUAACAAAAGGGAUUAAAGCAACAAUGGAUCAUAGUGUUAAAGUAAAUGUAGAUGGAGAAGUAUUUGACGGAAUAAAUAAAUUAUUUGUGACAGUCAGUGAGCAAAUGUCUCAUGUCAUUCAAUAUUUCAUACAAUCGACAGUGUCGGUUGCUGCUCUUACGUUCUUGGCUGUUAUACUCAUAUGUAUCUAUCGUUCUCAGUUAUCAGAUAUAUGGAAAAUAACAAUGACAAUUGGCGGUAUUAUACUUGCUACUGGAAUAUUUACAUCAUCGCGUUUAUUCAUUAAUAAACGUACUGAGAAUAAUUAUUGA